AUGACCUCCUUCGAGGAAGCGGCUCAGGACUCUGACACGGUGAUGAUCUUGAGCAGCUACAGCACCGUGUCGCUAGAAGACGUCAGGGCCGCGGCGCCCGGCUGUAUUCUAUGGCAGCAGACGUACAUUUAUCGUGACCGGAGCAUUACCCAAUCCCUGGUCGAGAGGGCCGCUGCCAUGGGCUUCUCGGCCAUUGUGGUCACCGCGGACGCACCCGUGCAUGGAGACGGUGUGCAGCACCACAAGUAUCUGUACAAUUUGCCACAUGGUCUCAGUUUCCUCAAUAUCGAGGCUGCAUUUUCGAGCGGGGUCAAUGAAUGCGAGCCACGAUUCAAAUCUUCGCACGUAUUGGGUGCUCUGCCAUCGGCCACCUGGGACGAUAUCGAAUGGCUACGCCGUCUCUCGAAGCUGCCUGUAGUCGUGAAAGGUGUUCUCAAUGCCGAAGCAGCGCUCGCAGCCUACCGGCAUGGUGCAGCAGCCGUAAUCGUAUCCAACCAUGGGGGCCGUCAACUGGAUGCAACUCCGGCCACGAUUGAUAUCCUUCCCGAGGUAGUGGCCGCCGUGGGCGACAAGAUGGAGGUGUACCUAGACAGCGGAGUACGCACGGGUGGCGACGUCGUCAAGGCGCUCGCGCUCGGAGCACGGGCGGUCUUCGUGGGACGGCCGGUGCUCUGGGGACUCGCCUAUGACGGAAAGCAAGGUGUCGACCGAGUGCUGCAGAUACUUAGGGAGGAAUUGGAGCGCACCAUGCAACUCCUCGGUUGUUCCGACAUCAGGGACCUGUGCGAAGACUUUGUCGUGAUGAAGAACCACUGUUUGGGGCAUUGCGAUGCGUCAUGUAAGCAAUGAAGAUAUCGACGUACAGUAAGCUGGCUGUGUACGCGGUAGAUAUUAAAGGCAGCGGCAACACUAGAAUUUCUCUUCUAUUUUGGUUAUUGGCCAUCUCGAUCAACAAUUUGUUUAUGUUAGUUUGCACUUGUCUGCUUAAGUGUUCCUUUCUAGUCCUCGUGUGUUUUGCACAGCGUUAAGCUUUCCGGUAUGCUACACCAACU